AGUCAAUCUCGGAGCCCUUUCUCGACGUGGACGUGUUUACACUACCUCUAAAACACUAAAACGAUGGCUGAUUCUGGACGCGGGCGUGGCGGAUUCGGAAGAGGGCGUGGUGGCGACAGGCGAGGUCGUAGGGGUGGUCGUCGAGGUGGUCGCAGGGAUGAAGAGAAGGAAUGGGCGCCAGUCACCAAACUCGGCCGUCUCGUCAAGGACGGUAAAAUCAAGUCAAUGGAAGAGAUCUACCUCUUCUCGCUACCCGUCAAAGAAUACCAAAUCGUCGACUUCUUCCUACCCAAGCUCAAGGACGAAGUCAUGAAGAUCAUGCCCGUACAAAAGCAAACUCGUGCCGGUCAACGUACCCGCUUCAAAGCAUUCGUCGCUAUCGGUGAUUUCGACGGUCACGUCGGACUUGGCGUCAAAUGCGCGAAAGAAGUCGCAACUGCUAUUCGUGGAGCCAUCAUCCUCGCAAAACUUUCUGUUAUUCCUGUCCGACGUGGGUACUGGGGUGCUGCUCUUGGUGAACCGCACACGGUGCCAAGCAAAGUUAGCGGUAAAGUCGGAAGCGUCAUGUGUCGUCUCAUCCCCGCUCCACGAGGAACUGGUAUUGUCGCUGCGCCUGCUUCGAAACGUCUUCUUCAGCUCGCUGGUGUUGAGGAUUGUUACACACAGUCGAAGGGUUCAACUGCGACUAUGGGUAAUUUCUUAAAAGCAACUUUCGCAGCCAUUACGAAGACAUAUGCAUUCCUAACUCCCGACCUCUGGCGCGAGAUUCCGCCGAGCAAAUUCCCGUACGACGAACACUCUGCCCAUCUGCAGCUUGCUGCGAAGAAGGCGGGUUUGUAUUGAUUGGGUAGAUUCACUUAUGUCUGUUUUGUUCUCUACGACUUGAAAAAUACACUCGAAUUCAGUGAAUUUAGC